GCAUAUCUCGUCACUCCCCAUAUACGAACGAAUACAUAUCUCAAUAUAAAAAUCUUACACUUCAAAGUUUUUGAAAGCUUUUUGAUAUUGCUUUUCAAAUAAUCCUGAGAAUUCCACAGUUGUGAUCGUGCGGGUGUGAUAUUCUUAUUUUUGGUGUUUACCCCUGAACCCCUUUAAUCCUCGCAUCGCCGAUAAGCAUUGAAAAUGCCUGCCAUGCUCGAUGACCCCAGCGCUCCCACAGUCUACCGAACUUCAGGGUCCGCACCUUUUCCAGAUCCUCACGACACAAACCCCGCACUACCCCUCGAUGUUUUCCCUCGACAGGUCACUCUACGUGACCGAGUGACAAUCGCUACAAUCGUGCCUUUCGCGUCAAAAAACCGAGUACCUCCCUCACUUCUCGCAUAUCUCAGCGACCAAUUCAAAAAGGAAGUUGAAUUGGGGGAUACAUAUCCUAUGCUUGACACUAUGCCACCAGAGAAGUUUGCAUCUUAUUGGUUCCAAAACUUCGGUGCAGUAAUGCUUCUUGGUAGUAUUGAGUCCGCAGAUGAAGUAGUCGAAGGCAAGAAUUGGGCUACAGAAUGUCUAGGUAGUUAUUAUAUAAAGCCCAACUACCCAGGGCGUAGCUCCCACGUAUGCAAUGCCGGAUUCCUCGUCACAGAUGCUGCACGAGGCAAAGGUGUCGGGCGUCUACUUGGCGAAAGCUACCUUCACUGGGCUCCACUACUCGGCUAUACAUACUCGGUUUUCAAUCUCGUAUAUGAGACGAACGUCGCUUCUUGUCGCAUUUGGGAUGCAUUAGGGUUCAAGCGUAUCGGACGUGUCAAGGGCGCAGGAAAUCUCAAGAGCUAUCCAGGGCAAUUUAUCGAUGCUAUUAUAUAUGGGCGGGAUUUAGGGCCUGAUGGCUCCGACUUCGUGAGUGAAGAGCGCUUCGAUAAAAUCAAAUUCUACUUGAAACAUAAAGAAUAUCCAUUGGGUGCUGACCGCGCGGAAAAAAGCAGACUUCGUAGCGCGGCCACACACUACAAACUACUACCGGACGAGGACAAGCUCAUGUUGAAAGGAAAGGAAGUCAUUAGUGACCCACAAAAACAAUACGAGAUUGCGCGAGGUAUACAUGUACUACAACAUGGAGGAAUCAACAAAACCACAGCUAUCAUCGCCGAGAAAUAUCACUGGGUUAGAAUCAAGGAGACUGUUAGUCUAGUAAUUAAGAACUGUGGAGAAUGCAAAGAAUUGGGCAAGGCACCAGUUGUCAAACCAGAUUACCAAGCUCAGCUAGCCCGCCAAUCUCCUCCUAAAAGUCAGGAUGUAACAGAUGCAAACAUAUUAUCUUUACCCGAGCAACAACAACUCGAUCACCAUCGAGAUAUUCAUCAACAUCAUGAUCGACAAUCACAACCUUCCCAUUUGCAGCAUGAUUUCCAGCAAAUCCAACACCAUCAUGACCACACCAGUACAUCUGUAUCACCACAAGUUCUUAACCGCAGACUACCAUCUCACUCUCCUCAUCUUCACAGUAAUCCCAUUGUUCACCUCAAACAACAUCAACCACCUAUUUCCCAAAUGCAACUUCAUCACGCAGAAACUCGUACACAAUCUCAAGCUCAGGCUCAGGCUCAGGCUCAAGCUCAUUCUCAUUCCCCAUCGCAUAGACAUUCUGCAACAGAUUACCUACAGAUAGACCCUCAAAUCAUGGAUUACACACAUACAUCUCAUUCUCCGCAUCCGCAUUUUGACGCGCAUCAUGAACAUGAUACGGAUUCCUUUCAGGCGAUGUUGGAAAAUAGAGAUGUAGAUGUAGAUGUGGAUGCAGAUGGGGGUGGGGGCACUGGCGUGGACGGAGACAUUGAUGAUAUGCUUGUGGAUCAAGAUGAAGUAGAAGUAGAACACAUUGGAGAUAUCGGAACAGUGGAGCAUAAUAAUACCGGGGAUGAUAUAAAUACCGAUGAGACAAUGAGUGAUUCGAUGGGAAACCCAAGACACAAAUCUCAUGAUGAUGUUAUGGCUACGGCGAGAUUAGCACAAGGAAUGAUUUCGAGGGGCGUAAUGGAUAGGAAUGAGGGGUGAGGGGCCUCAAAGGGUGGGUUGACGAGUUCGGAUACAGGAUUUAAUAGAAAACUGAUGGAUAAUCGUUAAUUAGAUGGAGCCGGCACCAGGCUUCGCGUUGCAUACCGUCUGUCACUGACUGGCGAUGAAUACAGGGAGCGGCACACCAAGGAUCACAGUUAGUACUUGCAGCCUCUGAUUGAAGUGUUAAAGUGUUGGAUUGUUAGCUCGGGGGCGCAUCGUGGAUAGCCUACGAGAUACUUUGCAGAUCAUGUCUUGAUGUUGAGGAAAUCAUCACGUGCAUCUAGUUCUAAUAUAAAACAGCGUAGAUUGUGCAUACAAGAGAUGCACACUCUAAUAAACUUAGUUUUUUUUUCGAUACAAUAACAUCAUAAAUCA